AUGGACGAGUCUCUAAUUAAUACCAUUAACAAGUUGCAAGAUGCUCUAGCCCCAUUAGGUGGUGGUUCUCAAUCUCCAAUCGAUUUACCACAAAUUACUGUUGUUGGUUCUCAAUCCUCAGGGAAAUCUUCAGUUUUGGAAAAUAUUGUAGGUAGAGAUUUUUUGCCAAGAGGUACUGGUAUCGUCACUAGAAGACCUUUGGUUUUACAAUUAAUAAAUAGAAGAUCAAAAAAAAAGGAUUCAAAAAUCGAUUCCACUACUGAAGAAUUACUUGAUUUAAGCUUAAAUAAUGACAGCAACAAUAAAACUGAUGAUAAGGAUAAAAAAAAUAUAGUUAAAGGUCAAUCCGAAGAUAAUUCAGAAGAAUGGGGGGAAUUCUUACAUUUGCCAGGUAAAAAGUUUUUUAAUUUUGAAGAAAUUAGACAAGAAAUCGUAAGAGAAACAGAUAAAGUUACUGGUGGUAAUUUGGGUAUUUCUCCAGUUCCAAUCAAUCUAAGAAUUUAUUCUCCUUUCGUUCUAACUUUAACUUUAGUGGAUUUACCAGGUUUAACUAAAGUCCCUGUCGGUGACCAACCUCCUGAUAUCGAAAGACAGAUUAAAGAUAUGUUGUUGAAAUAUAUUUCGAAACCAAAUGCAAUCAUUUUAUCAGUCAAUGCUGCAAACACAGAUUUGGCUAACAGUGAUGGUUUAAAAUUAGCUAGAGAAGUAGACCCUGAAGGUACAAGAACUAUUGGUGUUUUAACUAAAGUCGAUUUAAUGGAUGAAGGUACAGAUGUCAUCGAUAUCUUAGCAGGUAGAGUUAUUCCUUUAAGAUACGGUUAUGUCCCUGUUAUCAAUAGAGGUCAGAAAGAUAUCGAAGGUAAGAAAACCAUUAGAUUAGCUUUAGAAGAUGAAAGAAAAUUCUUCGAAAACCAUAGUUCUUACAGUUCAAAAGCUCAAUACUGUGGUACCCCAUAUUUAGCUAAAAAAUUAAACUCUAUUUUAUUACAUCAUAUUAGACAAACCUUACCAGAAAUCAAAGCCAAAAUUGAAGCUACUUUAAAGAAAUAUCAAAAUGAAUUGUUUAACUUGGGCCCCGAAACAAUGGAUUCAUCUAAUUCCAUUGUACUAAGCAUGAUUACCGAUUUUGCAAACGAAUAUGCUGGUAUUCUAGAUGGUGAAGCUAAAGAAUUAUCCAGUAAUGAACUGUCAGGUGGUGCAAGAAUAUCUUUUGUUUUCCACGAAGUCUUCAAAAAUGGUGUAGAAGCUUUAGAUCCCUUUGAUCAGAUCAAAGAUUCUGAUAUUAGAACUAUUAUGUACAAUAGUUCUGGUUCUGCUCCAUCUCUGUUUGUUGGUACCGAUGCUUUCGAAGUUUUGGUAAAACAACAGAUUAAAAGAUUCGAAGAACCUUCAUUGCGUUUAGUCACAUUGGUCUUUGAAGAAUUGGUUCGUAUGUUAAAACAAAUUAUUUCUCAUAUGAAAUACUCCAGAUAUCCUGCCUUAAGAGAAGCUAUCUCCAACCAGUUCAUCGAAUACUUAAAGGAGGCUAUUAUUCCAACUAAUGAGUUUGUCGUGGAUGUUAUUAAAUCAGAAGAAACAUAUAUCAACACAGCCCAUCCUGAUUUAUUAAAAGGUUCACAAGCUAUGGUCAUGGUAGAAGAGAAGUUGCACCCACGUCAAGUAUCAGUUGAUCCAAAGACUGGUAAACCGUUACCAAACCAACCUGCUGUUGCUCCGGUCCAAGUUGCAGAAGAAAAGUCAGGUUUCUUCGGUGGUUUCUUCUCUACCAAAAACAAAAAGAAAUUGGCAGCACUAGAAUCACCACCUCCUGUAUUAAAGGCUACUGGUCAAAUGACUGAGAGGGAAACAAUGGAAACUGAGGUUAUCAAAUUGUUAAUCAGUAGUUACUUUAACAUUGUUAAAAGAACUGUUGCAGAUGUUAUUCCAAAAGCUAUCAUGUUGAAAUUGAUUGUCAAGAGUAGAACUGAAAUUCAGAAAGUUUUGCUUGAAAAAUUAUACACUGACAAAAACAUAUCUGAACUAACAAAGGAAAAUGAUGGUACUAUACAAAGAAGAAAUGAAUGUAAGAAGAUGGUUGACAUUUUAAAGCAUGCCAGUGAAAUUGUUUCUUCAGUUUAG